GAUUCUCUUUUGCUCAAUCCUAUUCUUCUUCUUCUUACAACAUUCUCUCUAAGGAUCUAAUAAGGAAGAAGAAGAAAGAAAGACAAGAAUGAACGUAGAAGAAGAGAUUCAGAAACUGGAAGAAGAGAUCCAUCGUCUUGGUUCUCGUCAGACCGAUGGCUCUUACAAGGUGACGUUUGGAGUCUUGUUCAAUGACGACCGAUGUGCCAACAUCUUCGAAGCAUUGGUUGGGACAUUGAGAGCCGCCAAGAAACGCAAAAUUGUUGCUUUCGAAGGUGAACUCUUGCUUCAAGGUGUUCACGACAAGGUUGAGAUCACUCUCCGACCACCACCACCACAAGCUGCUGCUCCUGCUGCUGCCUCCUCCUAAGUUCCCAUUUAUAAUCUUUAGAUUCUCUCUGUUUGUGUGUUAAAAUGAUAAAUCACCAAGACCAAUGUUUUCCAUUGCUUCUCUCGAGCUAUUUUGCAAUUGUUGCAUGCAACAAAUGUAUUAACAAGAAAUAUUUCUUCUC